AUGGUUUAUUUCAACUCUCAAAUAUGCGACUCAACCGUACCGUAUCGAAAUGUACGUCGUAUUCAAUUCGGAAUUUUAUCUCCGGAUGAAAUCCGACGAAUGUCGGUGACGAAUCCACCAAUUGAACAUUCAGAACUGCUUGAAGCGGGAAAACCGAAAAAACAAGGUUUAAUGGACCCACGACAGGGUCCAGCUGAUCGAAACUUGAAAUGCGAUACUUGUCGCGGUUCUUACAUAGAGUGUCCAGGACAUUUUGGUCACAUCGAAUUGAUCAAGCCAGUUUAUCAUAUUGCUUUUCUACCAAAAAUAUUGAAAGUUUUGCGAUGUGUUUGUUUUCAUUGUUCGAAAUUGUUGGUUGAUCCAAAUGAUCCAAAGAUCAUCGAUAUUAUUGAAAAAACCAAAAAUCAAAGUCGUCAACGUCUUGCAUACAUAGUUGAUGCAUGUAGAAAUGAAAAGAUUUGCAAAGGAAGUGAUAUUCACAAUGACGUGACAACAAAAUAUUCAGAUGGUUGUGGUAGAGCACAACCAGUCUAUCGUAGAUCAGGUCUCGAAUUGACAAUUCAAUGGAAGAAAGCAACAGAUGAAAAUCAAGAACCUAAGUCAAAAUUACCAGCUGCACGCGUUCUUGAGAUUUUUAAAGCUAUUCCGAAUUCGAUAUGUAAAAUUCUUGGUAUGGAUCCUCGUCAAUCACGACCUGAUUGGAUGAUCCUUACUGUUUUACCAGUUCCACCUUUGUCUGUACGUCCAUCGGUAUUAAUGUUUGGUACAGCUCGUUGUCAAGAUGAUUUGACAUAUAAUUUAGCAAAUAUAAUUAAAGCAAAUAAAAUGUUAGGUGAAUAUGAACAACGUGGUGUAAGUUCGCAUAUUAUUGAUAAACAAUUGGACCAACUUCAAUAUUAUUGUGCGACAUUGAUUGAUAAUGAUAUGCCCGGUAUGCCACAAGCAUGUCAAAAAAGUGGCAAACCAUUGAAAUCUCUUAAAGCUCGAUUGAAAGAAGGCCGACUUCGUGGAAAUCUAAUGGGCAAACGAGUAGAUUUCAGUGCUCGAUCAGUAAUAACACCAGAUCCAAAUCUAGCCAUUGAUCAAGUUGGUGUUCCACGAACAAUUGCACAGAAUAUGACUGUUCCAGAAAUUGUUACUCCAUUCAAUAUAGUAUGGUUACAAGAAUUAAUCCGAUGUAAUGCAGCAAAAUAUAUCAUUUUGGAUAAUGGUGAUCGAAUUGAUCUUCGUUUUCAUCGAAAAGCAUCAGAUAUUCAAUUACAAUAUGGCUAUAUCGUUGAACGAAACAUGAUUGAUAAUGAUCUUAUUGUGUUUAAUCGUCAACCAACACUACAUAAAAUGUCAAUGAUGGCUCAUCGUGUUAAAAUUCUUCCAUGGUCAACAUUUCGACUAAAUUUAUCUGUAACAACACCAUACAAUGCUGAUUUUGAUGGUGAUGAAAUGAAUCUGCAUUUACCACAAUCAAUAGAAGCCAAAGCAGAAUUAUCUGAAUUAAUGAUGGUUCCACGUCUUCUCAUAACUCCACAAUCAAAUCGACCAGUCAUGGGUAUUGUACAAGAUACAUUAACAGCAGUAACAAAAAUGACACGUCGUGAUGUUUUUCUUGAUAAAAAUGAAUUUAUGAAUCUUUUAAUGCAAUUGCCAUCAUGGAAUGGUGAUGUUCCAAAACCAGCUAUUUUCAAGCCAAAACCAUUAUGGACAGGAAAACAAUUAUUUUCAUUAAUUCUUCCGAAAGAAGUUAAUUGUGUUCGAACACAUGCAACACAUCCUGAUAAAGAAGAUGACGGACCUUUUAAAUGGAUUUCACCGGGCGACACAAAAGUAUUAGUAGAAAAUGGUCAAUUACUUUCUGGUAUUUUAUGUACGCGAACAUUGGGUGCAAGUCCUGGUUCAUUAGGACAUGUCGUUUUCGCUGAAUGUGGACAUGAAAAAGCGGGAAAAUUUUAUUAUUAUAUUCAAUUAGUUGUCAAUAAUUGGCUACUGAUUGAAGGACAUUCAAUUGGUAUUAGUGAUACUAUUGCCGAUGAAAAUACUUAUAGAAGUAUUCAAAAAGCAAUUCAACAGUCGAAAUUAGAAGUACAAAAUGAGAUUGAAAAAUCUCAUCGUGAUAAAUUAGAGAGUGAACCAGGCAGCUCACUUCGACAAACAUUCGAAAAUAAAGUCAAUAGACAUUUGAAUGAUGCUCGAAAACUGACUGGAGCAUCAGCUCAAGAUUCUCUAUCAUAUUUCAAUCAAUUAAAAGCAAUGGUCGUGAGUGGUGCAAAAGGUUCACUACUUAAUAUUUCACAAAUUCUUGCUUGUGUCGGUCAACAGAACGUUGAAGGAAAACGAAUUCCGUUCGGAUUUAAACAUCGUACGUUGCCACAUUUUAUUAAAGAUGAUUAUGGUCCAGAAGCAAAAGGAUUUGUAGAAAAUUCGUAUUUAAAAGGUCUUAAUCCAACGGAAUUUUUCUUUCAUGCCAUGGCUGGUCGAGAAGGUCUCAUUGAUACAGCUGUUAAAACAGCUGAAACUGGAUAUAUUCAACGUCGUUUGGUUAAGGCGAUGGAAUCAGUUAUGGUCAAAUAUGAUGGUACAGUUCGUAAUCAAAAAGAACAAUUAAUUCAAUUUACUUAUGGUGAAGAUGGAUUAGCAGCCGAAAAUGUUGAAUUUCAAUCGAUUAUUUCAUUAAAACCAUCCCAUGUUGCAUUUGAAAAUUUAUGUAAAUUUAAUUUUUCAGCUGAUGAAAAGUAUUUACAACAAUAUUUAAACGAUAAUGUUAUUCAUAAUCUUUUCACAAAUGAAAAUUCAUUAGAAAUAUUAAAUGAUGAAUGGUAUCAAUUAUGUGAAGAUCGAAAUCGUCUUCGUGAAAUAUUUUUGAAUGCUAACGAAAGUCGAAUAGUUCUACCGUGUAAUAUUGAACGAUUAAUUGUAAAUGCUCAGAAAACCUUUAAAAUAUCCGAUAAAACUCGAUCGAAUCUUUCUCCAAUAGACGUUAUUCAAGGUUUAGAUGAAUUAAUUAGACGAUUACUCAUUAUCAAAGGUAAUGAUCGUCUUUCUCAAGAAGCUCAACAUAAUGCAACUAUGUUAAUGAGUAUUCUUAUUCGUUCAUCACUUUGUUCACGACAAGUUCUUCAAGUUCAUCAUCUAACUGCAGAUGCAUUCAAUUGGUUAUGUGGAGAAAUUGAAACACGUUUUCAACAAGCUCAAGUUCAACCAGGUGAAAUGGUUGGUGUACUUGCUGCACAGUCAAUUGGUGAACCAGCUACACAAAUGACAUUGAAUACAUUUCAUUAUGCUGGUGUAUCAGCUAAGAAUGUUACACUUGGUGUACCUCGUCUUAAAGAAAUUAUUAAUCUUUCGAAAACUCCAAAAACACCAUCAAUGACUGUUUUCCUUACUGAUGAAACAGCGAAUGAUGACAGGAAAUGUAAACAAGUCUUGUCUCAUCUUGAACAUUGUUCAUUAGGAAAAGUGACAACUAAUACAAGUAUAUAUUACGAUCCGAAUCCACAGGACACAAUCAUUGAAGAAGAUCAGCAAUGGGUUAGUAUUUAUUAUGAAAUGCCGGAUGAGAAUAUUUCAAAAGUUUCUCCAUGGUUAUUACGUAUUGAACUCGAUCAAAAUAAAAUUAUUGAUAAAGAUUUGACAAUGGAACAAAUAUAUGAGAAGAUUUCAGAAAAAUUCGGUGAAGAUCUUAGUGUCAUUUUCACUGAUGAUAAUGCAGAAAAACAUGUUCUACGUAUUAGAAUUUUGGAUCAGCUCAAAUCAAAAAUUGACAAUGAUGAAACACUCGAAGAUGACACACGUAAAAUGGAUGAUGACGUUUUGUUACGACAUAUCGAAGACAUUUUGCUGUCCACUUCAACAUUGAAAGGAAUUAAAUCGAUUUCGAAAGUGUACAUCGUUGAUCCAAAAGCAAGUAAUCAAUAUAAUUCGAAAAAACGAUUUGCUAUUAAUGAAAAAGGCACGAUCGAACAAGUAGCCGAACAUUUCUUGUUGACUGAUGGAACAUCACUUAGAGAAGUUCUCUCAAUGAAAAAUGUUGAUCAUCAUCGAACAUAUACAAAUGACAUUAUUGAAACCUUCGAAGUAUUUGGUAUUGAGGGUGCACGGAAAGCUAUUGAAUAUGAAAUGAAUCAUGUUAUUUCAUUUGAUGGAUCCUAUGUUAAUAAUCGUCAUUUGGCUUUAUUAUGCGAUGUAAUGACAGCAAAAGGACAUCUUAUGUCUAUAACUCGACAUGGAAUUAAUCGACAAGAUCUUAGUCCAUUAAUGAAAUGUUCAUUUGAAGAAACAGUCGAUAUUUUAAUAGAAGCAGCAGCUCAUUCCGAAUACGAUCCAUUGAGAGGUGUUUCGGAAAGUAUUCUACUUGGUCAAUUGGCCAAAAUUGGCACAGGUGCUUUUGAAGUUAUGUUGGAUGUUGAAAAAUGUGCUUCGGCUAUGGAAUUACCAACGGUGAAUAUUAGUUGUUUUCCAGGGAUUAUGUCCUCAGAUGCUAUGGAAGAAUAUGACGAACAACAUUUAACUAGAUCAACACCUUGGAUUAUAUCGAUGCCAACUAGCCCAUCAUACGAAUCUUAUUAUCCACCAGGAGCAACUCCAAUGCCAUCGAUGGACUCUGGAAGCUUUUCACCUAACUAUUCGAUAUCUUCAUCAGGUUAUAUAUCACCAUUGUCAUCUACAAAUCCUUCUUUGUACAAUAUCCAAUCACCACUAACGACGGAUGUACGAUUGCCAAUAUACUUACCUAGCCCACCGUAUAAUAGCUCAAGUGUAGGCCGCUAUGAAUUGAACUCAACUCCUUAUAGCCCAACAAGUCCAUCGUACAGUCCAGUAACCAGGCCUAAUUUUUCAGAUGCUGCUAGACAGCAAGGACCAACAUCACCCUUCUAUUCACCGACUAGUCCUUACAGUCAAACUUAUCCAUCAUUUUCAUCGAAUCAAAUUUAUUCGCCAACUUCAUCAAUUUCUUCAGUAAAAAGUCCAUUCUCGAACAAUUUAAAUAAUCAAAUCUCAUCGAAAUACACUUCGAAAAAUCUGAGUUAUUCUCCAACAUCGCCAGCGAUUCCACGUAAGACACAUAUUAUCUCUGUUAUUUUACUCAACAUAACUCUUGUCUCAUACUUAGGCUACUCUCCAUCAUCACCGAACUAUUCCUCUCAAAGUCCAGUAUACUCUCCAUUAAGUCGCUCUUAUAGUCCUACAUCACCAGCAUAUUCAAGUGGAGUAUCAUCACCGAACUACUCACCUCAAAGUUCAAUGUAUUCCCCAUCAAGUCCUUCUUACAGUCCACUAUCACCAAUGUUUUCAGCACAUGAUCAUGGCAGAAGUAAUACAUCAUCGAACUAUUCACCAACGACACCACAAUAUAAUCCAAGCUCACCAGUGUAUUCUCCAUCUCAAUUAUCAUCUCCCUCUAGUCCAAUAUCACAAGUAGAUCAACCCGAUGUGGUAUCACCUGAUGAUAGUUCUUCAUCAUGUCAAUCGGAAGAUAAUUCUCAACAAAGUGAUUCAAACGACGAUAACAAUUUGAUGGCCUAG